GCAUUUCAGUCCUGCUGCGCAUCUUGAAACGUCAAGUCUUGCUGCGCGCGAUUUCGACCGCUAGCGAAACGCUCUAACUUUGUGGCAAAACGCGCGCGAGUGUUACUAUCAUACAAUUAUAACUAAAAGCAUUUGAAAAUAGAAAACGCCAAACAUAUUGAGAUCUAACGAAAAAUAAAUAAGUUGAUAAUACGAAAGCCUGGUGACGUGACCUCAGUGUGGAGUGAUGGGCUUUCUGGCCUAGUGCAAAGAAAACUGAAAACAAAAUAUACUUUUUAAGAAUUAACUAAAAAAACAUAAUUAUAAACUAUUUGUGACCAUGAUGAUGAACGCCUUCAUUGAGCCGGCCCAGCACCACCUGGCCAGCUACGGGCUCCGCAUGUCGCCCAACACCACCUCCAGCGCCACCAACUCCCAGCAGCAACAGCAGCAGCAACAACUCGACAUGACCGCCCAGCAGCAGCAGCAACAACAGCAACAGCAGCAGCAACAACAACAGCAGCAGCAACUGGAGGGCAGUGCGGACUCUGCCGCGGCCACCGCUGCCGCUUAUCAAAACUCCGGAUACGGGCACUUCAACAGCUAUGCCUCCCGGGACUUUCUGCUGGGCAGGCGGGACACCGACUACGGGGUGACCGGCAGUGCCGGACAGGCCUCCUCCGCGGCAGACUCCAUGCUCUUCUCCAGCUUUCCCGCCCAGGCGGCGGCCGCCGAGCUGAGCUCCGGCUUCGGGCAGCACCCGUUCCACAGCCAUCACCAUGCGGCGGCAGCUGCCCACCAUCAUCAGCACCAGAUGCGGAUGGGCAUGGCAGACGCCUACGCCGGCCAUCCGUACAAUCACCACACCAACUUUCCGUCGGCGGCCGUCCACCAUCCGGCAGUGCACCAUCCAGCCCACCAUGCCAUGUCCGCCAUGCAUCCGGCCGGACCCGGAGCCUUUCUGCGCUACAUGCGUCACCAGCCGGCAUCCUCCGCCUCCAGCAUCAAGCAGGAGAUGCAGUGCCUCUGGAUAGAUCCCGACCAGCCCGGACUGGUGCAGGCUGGCGGGCGGAAGACCUGCAACAAGGUGUUCCACUCCAUGCACGAGAUCGUGACCCACCUGACGGUGGAGCACGUCGGUGGGCCGGAGUGCACCACCCACGCCUGCUUCUGGAUCGGCUGUUCGCGCAACGGUCGUCCCUUUAAGGCCAAGUACAAGCUGGUCAACCACAUCCGCGUCCACACCGGCGAGAAGCCCUUCGCCUGCCCGCAUCCUGGCUGCGGCAAGGUGUUUGCCCGCAGCGAGAAUCUCAAGAUUCACAAGCGAACCCACACCGGCGAGAAGCCGUUCAAGUGCGAGCAUGAGGGCUGCGAUCGCCGAUUUGCCAACUCCUCGGACCGAAAGAAGCACUCCCAUGUGCACACAUCGGAUAAGCCCUACAAUUGUCGGAUCAAUGGCUGUGAUAAGUCCUACACACACCCCUCCUCUCUGCGCAAGCACAUGAAGGUCCAUGGCAACAUCGACGAAAAGAGUCCUGAGCUCGGCUAUGACAGCGAGGGCGAGGAGAGCUCCAGCUCGAGCAUAAUCACCGGCGGGGCACAGACACCACCCUCUACCCGACUGGACGGCAGCGCCGGCAGCAGCAGUGGCGUCAGCAGCCUGAGCGGUGGCAGCGGCAUCAAGUCCUCGCCCCACUCCAUCAAAUCAGAACCGAAUCCCAUGCACAGCGUCCACCUGGGGGCCUCGAGCAGCGGCAGCAGCAGCACCACCAGCAGUAGUGCCUCCCACCUGUUGCAGCAACAGCAGCAGCAGCAACAACAACAGCAGCAACAUCAGCAGCAGCAACAGCAACAGCAGCAGGCGCAGCAAUUGGUGUCACAUCAAAGUGACUCCAAGUCGUCGCCUGCUCUGCAACUGAUGGCCGCUUCCGCCUCCGCCUAUCUACCGCCGCCCCUGGGCCCGCCACCCUCGCACCACCACCACCCCCACCAUCAUCACCAUCAGGCAGUGGCUGCGGCAGCUUCCCCCGGAGCAGCAGCCGCCUCCGCCUCCAUGCUGCACCACAACCACCACUUGCUGUACCACCCGGCUGCCCAGCACCACCCGCCCAGCGACUGGUACCACACGGCAGCUCCUAGUGGCACCGCGGACGCGAUGAACCCACUGAACCACUUCGGACACCACCACCAUCAUCACCAUCUGAUGCAUCCUGGCGCGGCGACGGCGUAUUGAGAGUGGGAGAACUGGUGGCCCGAGGAGCCACCGCCGCCACCACCGCCUCCGCCCCCGCCACCGUCUUCGUCCGCGCUCGAGGCGAUACCACCACCGCUGUCGGUGGGCACCCCACAGGGCCCUCUGGAGGAGGGCUCCUCCCUGGACUGGAUCUGCUGCCAGCGGCUGCAGAACUUGGCCCUUGUGGCGCAAUGUGAAAACCAAAUAUUUCUGAAAGUUGAGGAAAAUACUUUAAACUUUUUACCUGAUAAUUGAAAAAUUGCUGUUGAAAAAAAAACGAAAAGAAAAUCGAACUCCUUAUAUUUA